GCAGCGGCAAAAUUCCUCUCUCGCUGUUUUUGCCUCUCAACAUCCUCCUUUCCUUCUCCUUGGAGUCUCUGCAAAACCAGCUCGUCUUCGAUCCUACAGAACCCCAAUCCCAAAGGGCUUCACCAUCUCCUUCUGUCUCUCUCAACCUGCAAAUAAAAAUGUUGUUCUUCUCGUAUUUCAAGGAGUUGGUGGGGAGAGAAGUGACGGUGGAGCUGAAGAAUGACCUUGCUAUCAGAGGAACACUGCACUCAGUGGAUCAGUACCUCAACAUUAAGCUCGAGAACACUAGGGUUGUCGACCAGGACAAGUACCCUCACAUGAUGUCAGUGAGGAACUGUUUUAUUAGGGGAUCAGUUGUGAGAUACGUGCAACUACCCCCAGAGGGAGUUGACGUUGAACUGCUGCAUGAUGCCACCCGAAGGGAAGCUCGCGGUGGCUGAAGUUAACUCAGUUUUGACAUCAAUUAAAGAAGGGCGUGGUUGAGCACUGAAAUGUUGUGUAAUUUUUUUUCCUACAUUUCUAGUCUUUUACCAGUACCUUCUCUAUGACAAGUUCAUGAAGGCUUCUCCUACUAGACCGUAGUUCCGCUUUAUGAAACAUCUUGGGCCAGUGCAAAUUAGUGUUUUUUAUCUGUUGCAGUGCAUUUUAGUUGAAAUUGGGGCAUCCAGAACCUUGGCUUCACCAUUUGUAUUGUUAGUUUUUCCGAGAUUGUACCUCGUGCGUGUCUAUGAUUGAUUUGGUUAGAAUGUUUUCUA